AUGUCGGCCAACCGUUGCAAUGCUGGGUUCCUGCUGAAGUGAGUGGCACUAUUAGUUGCCGACAUAAAGAACCUGCCAUACUUUGCCUGUAACUUCUUGUAAAAAAUGGCGGGUGCUUUAUGUCGGCACCUAAUAUUAUUGCUUUUUUGUAUUUCUUGGUUUUUAUUGUUUAACAGGGUAGUAGAAAUUCAAUAAUUAGUAUUGUCUGUAGCUUUGUAUUUGAAAUCCGUGUAAAACAUUAUUUUCAGUUUUCAAAAGCAUGGGAACAAUAUGCAGAGAAUUAUUGGUAAGUUACAGUAUUUUUAGAUUUUUUCAUUUACUUUUUAAUCAAAAAAAAUUUUUUUUUCGAUUUUAAGAACUUUUAGAUCAAAAAACGUAGAAAUUCAUUUUUCUACACACUUUUUGACCGAUUGUAAAAUGGUAGUAAUGAUAUGCCGUUUUAAAAGCCAAUAAGUCUGUUUAUUUUAGUUUUGUGUACAAUACGUAUUGGGUCAGCCCUGACGAAGACAUUCCUAGCAGGGUCGAUGAACGGUAAGACGCUUUAGUAUAUAUAUUACGUUUUAAAUUGUUAUAAACUUAAAGUUUUUUAUUUAAAAAAUUUUACAAAUUGAUUAUUUUUUUAAAUGAAAAAAAUUUUUUUGAAGUACAAGCUAGGUAUUUUCAGAGUAAGUCGUCAAUUACUGUACUACCAAUGGGUACCUUUCAUUAUGGCUCUACAAGCUGGUUGCUUCUACUUACCAGUAAUUUUUUACAGCAAAGUGAACAAAAGUUCUGGUGUUGAUGUAGCUGACAUUAUUAAAACUCUGAACGAUGUCGACAAAAGUAAUGUAAGUCUUUUUAUUUGUAUAAUAAGUUAAAACUUAAAAAUGACGUUUUGUUAUUUUAGUCAAAACUAAAAAAAUUUUUUUCAAACUUUGGUCCAAAAGUAGAUAGAAAUAUUGCGCAUUUUCUUUAAAAAUGUUAUUAGGUGUCGACAUAAACAACCCGCCAUACUCUUUUUGUAAUUUCCUGUAAAAAAUGGCGGGUUCUUUAUGUCGGCAUUCAAUAUAAGCUUGAAGACCUUAUUUCUGAUUUCUAAAAUCGUAAAUUAAGCCUAAACUAAAAACUUCUUUUCUCUCACAGCCUUUCGGUCUCUUCUCUCUGGUUUUGCGAAUAACCCAGUCGAAAAGCAAGCCUCUCUUUCUGUAAACCAAAAGCUAUUUUAAUGAUUGUCCGAACUUAUAAGUUCCAAUCAAGGUUGGUAUCUUAUUCAGCUCGUUUUUACGUGGCUGGUAAAACAAAUUUUGGAAGGCUUGAUCUUUUGAUCGGGCGGAUCUUUUUAGAAAUUUAUCGUUUAUGAAUCUAGAAAUGGAUUUUUGAAUUCAUAGUUCUUGUUAAUUAAUUUUUCAAUGCACUAAUAGAGUAAAAUAAAGCAAGAUAUGACAAUAAAACCUUAAUUAAAGGUUUAUACCUGAAGUUACCUUAAGACUUGUUAAAACUUACUUCAGAAAGCAGACCGAAGCAACGCUGUAGCUUCGAUUACAAGGACGAUUGAGGAGAGUUUGAGGCUGAUGUUUGUACGACGACAAAAUGCUGGAAAGCAUUGGAGAGCAAGCCUAAGGUUUGGUCUACUUGCUGGAACAUAUCUGUCAAAGUAAGCUUAAAAAUUAUGUUUUUCUACAAGUUUUGGUACUAAAACGAUUAAAAUUGGUUUUUCUAUGUACUUUUUGACCUCAAAAUUUUGUUUGUUAUGAAUUUUUUAAUUAGAAAAUUAAUUUUUCUACAAACUUUUUGACCGUUACUUUUCAGUACUUACACAGCAACCAAAAUCCUAUACUUACUAAACUUGGUAGGACAAUUCGUAAUGAUGAACCAAUUCCUGGGCCAAAACGACCAUUUGUGGGGUUUUCACAUACUAUACGAUAUUACAAUUGGCAGGGAUUGGGAAUUGUCCGGAAAUUUUCCACGUGUCGCUUUAUGUGAUUUUACCGUUCGAACAUUGGCCAACGUGCAGAGAUUCAGCAUCCAGUGUGUGUUGAUGUUGAACAUGUUUAAUGAAAAAAUAUUUUUGUUCUUGUACUGCUGGUUAAUCUUCGUAUUCAUGGUUACAGUAUACGAUGUUAUCAAAUGGCAAUGGUUACUACGGUUUCGUUCUCAUCGUACAUCGUAUGUUCGAAGGUUGAUACGGCCUGACAAUGAUUAUAAGAUAUUGAUGAGGGAGUUUUGUGACAGAGUUAUACAUCCUGACGUUUUGUUUGUGCUGGAGAUGAUAAGUUUGCAGUCGAAUGAGCUUUACACUCAGGAAGUGCUGGAGGCAUUGUGGAGGGAGUAUCAGUAAGUUUACUUUGAUUUAUUAAGUGCCGACAUAAAGAACCAGCCAUACUUUUUCUGUAAUUUUUUGUAAAAAAUGGCGGGUUCUUUAUGUCGAUAAAUAACGAAAAUUAAAUUUUUUUAAAAUUACAUUUUCAGAACAAAUGUCCAACUACAAGAUAUAGUCACAAAACUUGAUUUUCGACGAAAAACUUUGGCUUUACUUGAUGACAAAAGCCAAUUAGACUCAGGGCAUUUGAGUGAAGAAGAACGAUCUGGAGAAGAAAGUGAGGAUGAGAGUUCCAGUUCAAAUUCUAUUCAAUUUAGAGGGCAAUAA